AUGUCUGAGGAGCUACCGAAGAGGCUUUUUAAGGAGGGCGAGGAGCCCCGAGAGUUGGAUGUCGUGAAGAAAGACCCGGUUUUUCAUCAGAUUUUUAAGCUCCAUGAGAAUGGUCUUGGAUACUCUGCCAGGGUGAUACACAGCUUCUUGUGUAGGGAGCUGGUGACUUUCUUACAGCACGAGCUAUGGUUUGUCUUUGCGAGGAGACCGCUUCGAUUCUCAUUGCAAGAGUUCCACGCCGUAACCGGGUUUGAAUGCGAUACUCAUAUCUCGCUUGAGGAGUUUGAAGAGUGGAAAUAUGAUGGUGGUUUCUGGAGCAAGGUUUUGAGGAGAAAAGAUGGAACAAUUACACUCUUCAACCUGUGGACUAAGGACAAGGAAGCUGUAAAGAAGUGGAGGAAUGCAGAUCGCAUACGUCUUGUCUACUUGGCGAUCAUUCUUUGUGUGGUAUUGGCAAGAGAUGAGAAGGCUAAUAUCCCCCUGAAGUACAUCGCGGUGGUCAUGGAUCUUGACAGAGUUCGAAGGUAUCCUUGGGGAGUUGCUGCUUAUGACCUUCUCUGCAAAUCAAUAGCCAAAAAUCGUUCCCAACUGAAGGAAAAGACCACUAGCUAUGUCUUGGAUGGCUUCUCAUACGCCUUGCAGAUUUGGGCAAUGGAAGCGGUACCAAAAAUUGGGAAGCUUUGUGGAAAAAAGCUGGAUAAGGGUUUCAAGGACGGUCCUAGAUGCAUAAACUGGAUGGGAGCUGCGAAGGUGUCAUAUGAGGAGAUCAUUCGCUUGGAGGAGAUUAUUACACCCAAGGAUGACAUCUACCCAUACAUCUCAUGGACAGGAAAUUAUGAUGUUGUCAAAGCUCAGGCGUUUCGCAGAGAUGAUGAUGUGGAGGAUGAUAGAAUCAAUGUUCUGAUGGAGAUGAUAAAGAAGGGGCAUGAUUUUAGUGAGCAUGUUUGGGAAACUGAAGAAAAUGAAGUGAUUUCUUUAUCUCUCGAUGACGAAUCAGCUGUGAAUGAUGAAGCAAGCGUGAAUGUUGAAGCAGCCGAGAGUGAUGACGACUUUCAGACUCCGAAAGGAUAAAAAAACGUUGGUUCUAGAUCAAAGAGGGGUAAAAAGAGGCUUCCCGAUCGUGGUAUGGAGAAGAGAAAGCAUAAGGUUCUCGCAAGUGGUGCAAAGCAAGCUCCUUUUAAUGAAGACAUGAAGGCUUUUAUGACACAGUUGUUUGAGCACAACUUCUCUGGAAUGGAACAAAGGAUACAGAAACAGAUGGCCGAGACAUUUGAGCAGAUGCGGACAGAGCUUAAACAAUCACGUAAGGAAGCCAGCGUUGAAGUUGAGCUUGGAGAGCCUUCACCGACAAAGCCAUCGACGAGCCAGGCACCGUUGAGGAGGUCCACACGCGGGGUAAACAAACACUAGUCUUCACCAUCCUCUUCAAUGUUAUUUUGUCUUGUUUAAGUUCGUGGUUUGCGUGUCUGUUUGUUUUAUUGGCAUCUAAGUUAUCGGCCUGAAUUUUGUUGUACUUUAUAAGGUCUCGGUUUGUAUGUGUGCUUGGUGUGUAAGUGUCCUUGGUUUGUAAGUGUCUUGUUUGAACUUAUGUAAUGGUCUGGAACUUUUAUGUAAAAUAAUUAUGUAAUGAUAAUGUAUUUUGGUGUCUCAAUUAUUGCUUAUUUGUCGUGACAUAACAGGAUGGUUCCGAGACUACAUUCGAUGUGAAUUAUAGUGAAGCAGAUGAUAUGGGUCGCGGGAUAGGUACGCAAGGGGUUGAAGGGCUUUCUCAGACGUCGUAUGUGCCAGGCUUUGAUCCAUCUCAGGACAAAAAAGAAGAAGACUGGUGGACUCCAAUGACUUCGGUCCGAGGUUCAGUGGAUAAUCCAGUAAAGAAAGAAAAGACAGAGAUGAAUACAGCUCCACCGCCGUCACAGUGGGAGAAAUGGUGCAAAAGAAAAGGUCAUGGACUUCAGCUUAGCGAUUCACCAUUGCCAGAAGAUGCUUCUCCGCAGGCGUCACUUUAUUAUAUCUCCGAAGAGUCAUGGAAAGGAUUCACGGAAUGGGCAUUAAAGCCUAUACCUUUAACAAUUGGUCCUACAUGCUUUAAUUUGUCUGUAGCUACAAGAGUAGUAAGUGCUGGAAAAUGGCUUGGAAACGAGGUAAUGAAUCUUGUACUAACCUUUAGUGAAUUUAUCUUCCUAAUACUUCUUAUAUGCUAUAUUACUUAACUUUCAUUGUAAAUUUUUAGGAGAUGGAUGCGGUUAUGUUUAUAUGGCGUGUGAACACUACAUUGAAUCGUUGGGCCCCUCGCCGUGUUGCUUUCAUGAGUGCUAUGUUUUGCCUCCAAGUAGACGCUGCAUACAAGAAGUUUUUACCAAACAAAAAAGCCUAUCAAUUGCCUGAUUUCCUUCUUGGGUACGGCAGAGGAGAGCUUCCAUCUCAUGGGCAGACUGAUCUAGUUUGGGGUGUUGAUGUUGAUCGACUCUACUUUCCUCUGUUUGUAAAUGGUAACCAUUCAGUUCUUUUUACAUCCUAGUAUACAUUUCUUCGUUUACAUAUUUUUGUGGACUCGAACGCAGGUAAUCACUGGGUUGGUGUCUGUGUAAACAUCAUUGAAAGAAAAGUGGAAGUCUUUGAUUGCGGUCGGGGAAAGAACAGACAGUACGUUGAGAAGUUUGCUGCUAUCAUUCCUAGGAUAGUGAAGUCCGUUGCACCACAAGAAAGACAGAAGCAGCUACUCCUCUCAUCAUAUUCUAUCGUGGAUGUGCCUAUGAAGUUGAGAUUGAACAAAAGUUGUUGUGAUUGCGGUGCAUACGCUCUGAAGCACUUGGAAUGCUCGCUGCUUGGUCUUGACGUCAGUUUAGUGGAUGAUGAAAUCAUUAUGGGUUGUAGACAGAAGAUUGGAGUGGACUUAUGGGAGGCUGCACACGACCCCAUCUUUGCUGAGGUUAUGACACGAUAUGUGCCUUCACCAUGGGAGAGGUCUGAGGUCUUUGACCUCGAGGAUGAUUGAUUAACUGUGAUUUUAGUAGUUUGGUUUGUUAGAAUUAGAAAACAACUUUGGCUUUGGUAUUUGAUUUGAAUUAAGAAACAACUCUAGAUUUGAUUUUGUAUAAAUUAUGAAACAACCCUAUAAAGAAUUGUGUGCUACAAAAUCAUAAAA